AUGCUUGCGCUUUGUCGUGAUGGAUGUAUUAACUUCAUGGACCUCCUCUCUUACAGUGCGGCUGAGCUCCUGGAACUGAAGUACGAUGCACCCAUUCUUGACGCACAAGGGGUGGAUACUGGCCAAACUCAGCUUACUCAGCUUGAGCGGCCCCAUCGUGGCACUCUUCGGGCUUUACUUGGGUAUGCUUACCUUUGUCAAAACGUCCAUCGCGAUCCGAUCACUCCGAUCAAUUGCAUGAACAUUGACGUACAAGCAUUCUUCAAUUAUCAAUGUAGUGGUGACUUUAUAGUUUUCAAUCAUUCUUCUUUACCACAACCUCUUGUCUCCAAGCCUGAUCAUUGCAAACCUAUUGACUCGUCCCCUGAUAUUCUCCGUCCAACACAGAUGGAGACGAACCCAGACAGCCAUCUAGCCACCGUACGCAACGAAUUUGCACCCAAACAUGGGGAGCUACAACGGCCAAUGAGCGACAAAUCAGACCGCCAAGCUACAGUAGACGUGAUCAGUAAUCAGUAUAGUGACACUACUAGUCCUACUACUAUUGUUUCUUCCGCUCUACAACCUAGUAUUCGCACGUCUGACGGUGUCAAUAUACUCAAUGGUAGUCGUGCCACACAACUUGUUGGCGCACAAAGCACCAUGAGUAGAACGACACUGAACAAGCAUGACAUUGCAAAUGAUGUCAUAUUCGACUCCAACCUUGAAUGGGACCAAACUCUAUUGGAUCCCAACAUUGACAGACUGGACAAACAGGGCAAAGGUGAGAGACCAUUCGAUAGAGUAGGCAUCCUAAAAAGUAGUAAAACUAUUUUAACUCUUAAUGAAGCCUCUGAUGAUACUCUCGACCGACUAGAUGAUUUUGACACUGCUAUGGAUCUGAAUGACACUGGCAUUGGUAAUGCCACACUCGUCUCCAACCUUGACUGGGACCAACCUAUAUUGGACCCACACAGUGGCGAUCUUGGCCGUAGUGUCUCUGCCGACAGCCCUAGCCACGGCUUGCUCCAUCAGUUGCCGGAAGCGAGCAUGGGGAGUGAUUCUGAUGCUCUUCUUCCUGAACAAGAUGAGACUGACGAGUACCCAAUGGAUUUGGAGAAUGGGGAGCAACAGUGUGUGAUGUCUGAUGAGUUGGCUGUCGUACCAGCUACCAAACAUUUGACUACGAUAGCCACGAAAAAUAACCUAGUACUACGUCAGCGACGUAACAGAUUUUACGUCGCUAACGUAGUCACUACGUUAGCCACAAAAACUAACCUAGUACUACGUUAG